AUGAAAAGGGCACUACCUCUUCUGGAGCCCAACAACGACCGCAUAGCCGUUUGCACGAAGCUUCGGAUGGUCGCCUUCGCGCGGUCGCAGCAUUAUCGGCCUGUAACUGCAGCUGCGAAGCUGCAAGUCUGGGAGGCUGCAGGCAGUACGCCCAGAGUGUCUUUGCAAAAGAUGUAUAUUGUCAUUCUCAACUCCUUCAUCUGCGUACGAAGUUCCUCUACUGAUGCGUAUUGCGUGCGGAUGGUCAGAAGUUCCAGGAUGAAGCCGGCCGAUCGUCUCAACCAUCUCUUUCAGCGGCUUGGCCAGCCAUUGCCAACAUACGAAACGCGCGAACACCGGCUGUACACGGUCAACGUCCAUUUGCCAGCAGGCGUGCAACAAAUCAUGGCACAGCCGGAACGCGCAGGCUUCAAGCGACUCCUGGACAAAGCUUGUAGCGGGAAGAAGGCGGCGUCAGCGCUACAGUCGAAGCAGUUGGUCAUGAAAAAGGUAUGCGAGGUACUGGAGAUGCUCCCGGAAGUGUCGGCGCAUUCUCAAGGCGGAACCACGAGAGCAAAGGCGGCGGCGAGGAAGAAGAAGACAAGGAAGCGAAAGGCGGAGGAGGAUGGAGGAUGGGAGGCGAAGGCAGAGGCGCGGACGAGCGUGGACGACGGAGGCAAUGGCGGAGGCAAUGGCGGAGGCAAUGGAGGAGGCGGAGGAGGUGGAGGCAAUGGCAAUGGCAAUGGCAAUGGCAAGAAACGCAAGAGGGCUGUGAGUAUGAGUGACGAUGCACGUGACCCGGGCACGGAGAAAUCCGAGAAACGCAAGAGGGUCAGUGCACGUGAGCUGGCAGAUGCACGUGACAUCACUGCUGGAGAUGAGCUCGAGGAAAAUGAACGUGAGCUGGCAAAUGCACAUGCACAUGCACCACAUCAUCACUAUGCUCUGCAUACCGAUACCGAUGAUGCUUUGUUUGUGAGCGACGACAGUCCCAGCAGCGACAGCGACGGCGACGGCGACAGCGACCCCGACCCCGACACCGACCCCGACACCGACAACGACGAUGAACAGCGAUGA